CCACCAUCAUGGAUAAAAUCGUCAUUUAGAAAUUACAUGUCCCUAUAUAAAUCCAAAAAAUUAGGGUUUAUCGUUCUCAAUCACCGCAUUCUCUUCCGUUUGAAGAAGCGAGAGCUCGCAGCCGCUACCCUAACCCCAUCGUCCUCUCUGCUAGCAACAGGAUGGAGUCUCAGGUGAAGCAUGCUAUUGUUGUCAAAAUUAUGGGUCGUACUGGAUCCAGAGGUCAGGUCACUCAAGUCAGAGUUAAGUUUUUGGAUGACCAGAAUCGUCACAUCAUGAGGAACGUGAAAGGUCCAGUGAGGGAAGGGGACAUUCUCACCCUUCUUGAGUCUGAAAGAGAAGCCAGAAGGUUGCGCUAGAGGAGCUCUCAUGUUUUGGUUUAGGAUUCAAUGAAGCAUUGCUGUUUUUGCUUUAGUUAGCUGAUGCCAAAUGUUCGUGUCAUGAACUUAAAUUAUGCAUCUAUUAUGACUUGAAUUUGUUGUCUACACUUUAUAUUGUUGGGAUUUUGAGUAAAUUUGUGCUUUGACUCUUA